AUGAUCGAGCCCAUCACCCCUGAUAUGAAUUCUUCAGAGAUGAUGAGCAGACUCCCCAGCCUCGAGCGUCUUUCUGGAAUGCUGGCGCGCGUGUCAGCUGUGAGCCAAUCCGCGCCCCAGACGUCACUAUGUGGGUCUCAUGGUCUGUGUUUAAAACUGAGAAAUUCCCUGAUGCCACCGCAUUCUCUAACCACUUGAGCCUCGAGUUUAAUCCUCUGUCAUUGGUGACAGCGCGCGAUGACGUUGCACCACCAGGGGACCACAGUUUACGCACUGGCACCUUCAGGGGGACACCGUCUGUGGAGAGCUUCUGUAACCCUGGUAAGGCGAUGGAGAACUCAAGUAUGGUGGUCACUGAUGUUCCAACUGCUGGCCUAACAGAAAUCCUCAACUUCACCAUGAAUGACACCAUCUCCCGACUCUACGAAGGCUUCACAGAUGAGCUCGCCAUGACAGAAUUACGCGUAACGAACGACCAGGUAUCUCUGAAAGUUCUCAGGACUGCGGUUGCUGCUGGGCUUCGGGCUAAACUGCCGCCGACGGAACCCGCUCACUUGGUGGUUGCCUUUUGGGAUUCUCCGCUAAGUCACGGAAUCAAUGUGUUUGUAGGGAUUGUCCUGUGCUUCACCAUGCUGGGGCUAGGGUGUACGGUAGAUGUGAGCCAGCUUGGGGAACAUAUCCGCAGACCCAUCGGGGUUCUGCUGGCGCUAGUGUGCCAGUUUGUUAUCAUGCCCCUGGUCGCCUUCCUGCUUGCUUUGGCAUUCUCUCUCGACGAUGUGGCGGCUAUGGCCGUUCUACUGUGUGGCUGCUGUCCAGGAGGAAACCUAUCCAACAUCAUGUCCUUAUUAGUGAAUGGGGAGAUGAAUCUGAGGUAACUCAAGGACUCACUAAGAAUAAAACUAUCACACCUUUCCAAGUGGACUAUAAAAUGCACUUCAAAUAAAAUUCUCAAUUUAUAGCCUACUUGGAUGAAUGGAAACCUAAACCUAUAUUAAUUGAUACAUUGUCUGAUAUUUCACUUUAUUCACGAUGCCUCUAACUCGAAGUUUAGGCACAAGUAGGCUAUUACUUGGAUUUUACGCAUAUUGGUUGAAUUUUACGCAUGAGAAUUAAAAUGGAAUUUUACACAUGGUCGUAUCUCCAGCAUAGCCUACUGUUGGGACUUGUGGUCCAAAUUGUCAAAACAGAUUUUGAUUUGAACACAUCUUAAUUUAUUAAACAGAAAAUGGUGCCAUUAUUUGAGGAUCCACCACUUAGUAGUUAAUGUGAUGGUGUAAUUCACUUGUAUCUUUCUCUUUUCAGCAUCAUCAUGACCAUUUCCUCCACGGUCCUAGCGCUGGUUCUGAUGCCGCUGUGUCUGUGGAUAUAUAGCCGCGCCUGGAUCAACACCCCGGUGGUCAAUCUGAUGCCGUUCGGCGCGAUCAUCCUCACCCUCUGUAGCACUCUCAUCCCCAUUGGUCUGGGGGUCGUGCUCCGGUACCGCUACAACCGGGCGGCAGACAUCGUUUUAAAGGUAUACAGGGCAGUCUGAAAUAACGGUGCGGUGUAGAGGAAGGUUUGGAGACAGGUUGACUGGUUCAAUGUGAGAUUGAGAGCACUUGGCACAUACUUUAGACAGACACUGAAAAGCUGUUUUGUUAUAUUCCUUUGCCCUUUUCCUUUUUAUAGUUUAGAAAUAUGACAUUACACGAAGUUUAUCAAAAAAAAUGUAUUAGACCUGUAAGGUACUAUAUAAAGAAUAAAAAUGUAGGAUUACUUAAAUUAUUUCCUGAUUCUAAGUGUUACAUUAAGAAUGACAUACAAUACUAAAAUAGUAAUAAUCAGUUGUGGACCUUUUGACUUUGUAAUCACUAGUGUGACAUUGUACCCACUGAGUCAUUUUUUUAUGUCUAGCUUUUAGUGGAGACAAAGCCUGCCCACAUUGCACAGUGACAUCAGAGGCAGAGGUGCACUGUACUGUCAGGGAGAGCCCCUCGGCCCCUCCCUUUCAGAAUAAUUUAUCUAAAGGCAGCUCAGCCAGGAGAGGGAGGGGCACAAGAUGUGUGACAGAGUCAUAGAACUGGAUGAGAGAUCCACAGAGGGGAAGAGAUCCACAGAGGGGAAGGGAUGCAAGAAAUCACAUUGAUUCCAGUGGACCAUGCUCACUUGUGGCUUUCCCUUGCGCCUUAAUAAUAUUGGUUAUGUUUGAAUAUCCUGAAAAUGCAUCCAUUGUUCCUUCCCUCCACCCUCCUAAAACAAUCUGGAUGUAGAGAAUGCCUAUGUCAUAAAACCUUUGUUGAUCCCGUGCUGUUUGUUUCCCCAGGUGUCCCUGUGGUCUCUGCUGGUGACCCUGGUGAUGCUGUUCAUCAUGACGGGGGCCAUGUUGGGGCCAGAGCUGCUGGCUACCAUCCCUCCAUCUGUCUAUGUGGUGGCUGUCCUGAUGCCUGCAUGUGGCUACGCUGCAGGCUAUGGCCUGGCCACACUGUUCGACCUACCGCCCAACAGCCGUAGGACCGUGUCACUGGAGACCGGGUGCCAGAACGUGCAGCUCUGCACAGCCAUCCUGAAGAUGGCCUUCCCACCACAGCUGAUGGGGGGCAUGUAUAUGUUCCCUCUACUCUACGCUCUCUUCCAGGCCGCUGAGGCCGGCAUCUUCAUCCUGGCCUAUCGGAUGUACAGGAAAGAGGUUCUACACAAACCAGACACAAACCCACUAAGGGACAACAGGGAUAUUGGAUAUAAUAGGUUUGAAGACGAGGAUAUGGGCUUUGACACUUCUUACGGGGCAGUGACCAUGAGUGACCCAAAUCUCAUCAUGCUGGAGCCUUGUCCGGACUCUACUCCUGUUUAG